AUGGCUCCUCCGCUCUGGGUCCCAGUGCGGCUCCAGCGGGCAGACGUGAAGGUGGUGGAGCUGCUGCAGCUCUGGGCCGACGAGUCGGUGCAGGUGGAGCUGGAGAGCUGCCUGCGCAACCAGCACGUCUUCAACCGCAUCGCCGAGGUGCUGCGGGAGAAGGGCAUCCACCGGACGGGCGACCAGUGCCGGGAGAAGAUCAAGAAGAUGAAGCUGGAGUACCGGCGGAUCAAGGACAACAGCAAGGCCCCGCGGGGCGGCCGGACCUGGAAGUUCUACGAGGUGAUGGACCGGGUGCUGACCAGCCGGCCCGCCCUGGCCUACGGCUCCCUGGGCGGCAGCAUGAUGGCUCAGCAGGUGCUGCAGGGCAGCAUGGUGGAGAGCUACCACCACCAGUUCGCCUCCUCGGCCCUGCCCUUUGGACACUCCCAGCACCCUGAACUGAUGGAAAUCAAAUGUGAGGAGGUGAACUCUGAUGAACACUGCUUGACCCCAGAGCCCCCACCAUCCAUGUCUUACCAGCAGGGCUCCCCUGAAGAACAUGAGAUGGAGAGAGCCUUCUUGGAGAGGGCCCAGAACGACUCUCCCAUCUCCAGGGUGGAGAUUCCCAUUGAAACCAGUGUUUCACCUUCAGGUUUCAGUGAGCCCAACAUGGCCAACUCGUCACGGAUCCAGAACGUGGUUCCCCGGCCUGGCUUCUCCGCCUUGCAUCGGCUGAGAAAAAAGCGGAAAGGCCAGCGCGUGAAGGACCCUCUCGAUGAUCUCUUGCUGAAGACCCUGACAUCUCAGCGGGCCAUGGAAGAGCGCUUUUUACAGAUGGAAGAACGUCGAUUUCAGCGAGAUUUGGAUGUGGAGGAGCGUCGGAUGCAACUGGAGCAGCGCCGGUUUGAACUGGAGCGGGAGCAUGAGUUUCGCAUGUUCAAUGUCUUUGCUCAGAUGCUCAGCAUCCUAAAGCAGAGCCAUAGCGGCUCCUCGUCCUCCGUUGCGAUGCCUCGGGGCUUGGACUUCAGCCAGGCACUGUCUGAAAUUGUGGGAAUGGGAGGAGGAGGGGGCGACCUGCAAGAGAUGAGGGCUCGGCCGCUUACCGAGAGAAGGGUUGACGUGCACGGCUUCUGUAACCCCAGCGACUUCCAGAGAAGCCCCUACCUCUCUGCUCGCGGCAACAUUGCCAACAUUUUCCGUGGCUCCACUGAGGAAGGGUACAAAGCUUAUCAUGCUGACAAGUAUGAUGAAGACAAGAACCCCAAUGGUAUAAUAAACUUUGGCACCAGUGAGAAUAAACUCUGCUUUGACCUGAUGUCUAAGCGGCUAGAAGAACAGCUGACACAGACCGAUAUGAAUCUGAUGGAGCCUCCGCUGCUUCAGUAUCCCGACUGGAAGGGACAUAUGUUUUUACGGGAGGAAGUGGCUCGAUUUUUGACCUAUUACUGCAAGGCCCCUGCACCUCUUAAAGCAGAAAAUGUGAUUGUUUUAAAUGGUUGUGGCUCUUUAUUUUCUGCAUUAGCUACAGUCCUUUGUGAUCCAGGGGAAGCUGUUCUGAUUGCUACUCCCUUUUACGGUGGUAUUACCCAGAGUGUCUUCCUCUAUGGUAAUGUCAAGCUGGUGUAUGCCUAUUUAGACAGUAAGAUUACUGGAACAAGCACUCGGCCUUUUCAGCUUACAGUGGAAAAACUGGAAAAAGCCUUGCAGGAUGCCCGGGCAGAGGGUGUCACUGUAAGGGCCUUAAUUCUUCUGAAUCCCCAAAAUCCCCUUGGGGACAUCUACUCCUUGUCAGAGUUACGGGAUUACCUGGAAUUUGCUAAAAGACAUGAAUUGCAUGUGAUAGUAGAUGAGAUCUACAUGCUGUCAGUUUUUGAUGAAUCAGCCACGUUUCACAGUGUCCUAGGCAUGGACAGAUUGCCUGAUCCACAGCGGACUCAUGUGAUGUGGGGAAUAAGCAAGGAUUUUGCUGUCUCUGGGAUUCGUUUUGGUACUUUAUAUACAGAGAACCAAGAUGUUGCUAAUGCAGUGGCUUCUUUGUGUUAUUUCCAUGGGGUGUGUGGACCUGUCCAGCACAAGGUUGCACAGCUGCUUAGAGACAGAGACUGGAUCAACCAGGUGUACCUGAGGGCCAACCAUGCCCGCCUAAAAGCUGCCCAUACGUAUGUGACAGACGAGCUGAAGACACUUGGGGUUCCUUUUCUCAACCGCAAUGCAGGCUUCUUUGUCUGGAUAGAUUUCCGAAAGUACCUUAGGACAGGCACAUUUGAGGAGGAGAUGCUGCUCUGGAGGCGUUUUCUGGAUAACAAGGUCCUCCUGUCCUGUGGUAAAGCCUUUGAAUGCAGUGAACCCGGAUGGUUCCGCAUCAUCUUUGCUGACAAGACCCACCGGCUACAGUUAGGUAUGCAACGGAUCCGCAAGGUUUUGGAAGAGGCAAAGCAGAUAGCACAGACGAAGUAA